CCUUCGGAUGCGGACCCACGGCUCUACUCCUGCCCUUCGAUUGCCAUGAGGAUUUUUAUUGCUUUUGAAGGGUUAUGUGAGCCUUUUUACAUUUCCCAGGACCAAACAAUCCAGGCUGUAAAGCUGAUGGUCAAGGAUUUUUUUCAUUUGCAACUCAUUGAUAAUAAGCAAAGUCAUCAGUUCUUGGAGCUUUCUUAUGCUGGAGCUACUUUGGAAGAUAGCUGGGUGCUGGCAGACAUUGGAAUAACUCCAUUUUCCACUAUCAAAUGUGUCUUGAAGGAGGAAGAUAAACCAGUUCUGCUGGUGAACAAUACUCUUAUGAAGGAAUCCAUGCAGAUCAUGGGAAAUCUUUACUUGUUGUCAUCAAGAGUGUCCACCCUAAAGACAAUGGUAUCUAUGAAAUGUGGACUACCAGUGAGUGUGUUCCGGCUAAGUUUGGAGAAUGGUGUCCAGCUCUAUGACUGCAACAAGCUGGACGACUAUGGAAUUGAAGUAGGGGCUACAAUCUUUCUCACUGUAUGGGAUGGUUGGGAUGAAUUUUUAAGAGGCUGCUUUAUGGGACAUAAGCACAAAAUCCAUCGUUGUCUCUCCAAGGAAGAGCCUGUUUUAAGAUUUCAGCUGAGAGUUGCCCUGUACAUUUCUGCUUUCUUAGGCCACUUGGAGCUGGCUGGCUGGCUUUUGAAGAAAGGAGUUCAGGCCAAUAAGCCUGUUGGUGUCCAUCCCUAUAGGGCGUGGUGCCAAGGCAUGGAUCACAGUGAUAACUUAAAGUGUCCAGUUCACACUGCUGCUGAGUCUGGGCAACUCCUUUUGCUCAAAGUAUUUAUCAACAACAACAUUCUCUGCUUGGAGUGCCUUAAUCCACAAGGUUUAACUCCCCUGAGGAUCUGCAUCAAACACAAGCACAAGGAGUGCGUGUUUUACCUUGUUACCAAGACGUGGUCUGUUGUGUCUUACCCUGGACUUUCUCUUCCAGUAGGCAUAUACAUAAAAAUAAAGCGCUGGAUCUGUAGAGCUCAGAAGUACAUUGCAGUUCAACGGUUCCUUUGUAGGACUGCCACCUUUAAUACCAGGGUAGGAGACACAGUUCUGAUUGAUGGCUUUAUCCAGACAAAGCCAAAAAACAAAGUACAUGAAUUAUGUUACUUUCAACCAAGCUAUACUUUGCCAGCACUCUGUUCAGAAACUGUCCAAAAAGAAAAUAAUGAAUUUCCUAAUGAAGCCUCAUUCCCUCACGUUCAACAAGGAGCACAUGCACAGAAACGCAAAAAGAGAAGAGUGAACACCAAGAAAGCUCCAGAAGCAGCUAAAAACACAUGGAAAAGUCAAGUCCCUCUUCCCCCAAUUUCCCAGGACACCAACCCUCGGCCACAGUUCAUUUACACCUCUCCAGAUGCUUCCUUUCUCCUGACAUCAUCCUUGCAGUCUUUUACACGGCACAGUGGAUGGACACCAAGAGAAAAUGCAAUUUAUUGUUUGGCCCGGGCAAGUUCCUUUACAGAGAAACCUUGGCUUCGGCAACUUGGCAUGGCAAGGAAUUUGGCCAGAAGAACUGUGCACAACAUAACAUAAAAUUUGCGUAUCGCAUCCUUUGACACACUA